UGGAUCUAAGUCACAAUAAAUUCUACGGAGAAAUCUCUGAGAACUGGAGUAAGUGCCCUAAAUUGCAAUCCCUACGGAUGGGAGGGAACAAUAUAACAGGUAGCAUACCACUGGAGUUGGGAGAUUCAGCUCAACUACACAGGCUUGAUCUUUCGUCAAAUCAUUUGACUGGAGAGAUUCCAACGGUAUUAGGGAAGUUGAGUUCUCUAUUGGAACUGUAUCUAAAUGACAACCAGCUUUCCGGUGGUAUACCAAGAGAAAUUGGAUCACUAACUGAACUAGAAAAGCUUGACCUGUCGAUAAACAAGUUAAGUGGGUCAAUAGCAGCUGGAAAUCUAGAGAACUGCAUCAAACUGAAUUACUUGAAUUUGGCCAACAACAAUUUUAGCCAAGAAAUCCCAGGUCCAUUGGGAAAGCUACCUCACCUAUGUGAAAUGGAUCUCAGCCGAAAUUCACUUUCGGGGGAGAUACCGCUAGAGAUCACAGGUUUCAAGAGUUUGGAGUGGUUAAACCUCUCCCACAACAAUCUGUCUGGCUUAAUUCCAAAUGUUUUCGAAGAAAUGAAUUGGUUGGUGCACGUCGACAUAUCCUUCAAUGAGUUGGAGGGUCCUAUUCCCAACAGCAAAGCCUUCAUGAAUGCUACCAUACAGGGCCUCCAAGGAAACAAAGGCUUGUGUGGAAAUGUCCCAGGAUUGCAGUCAUGCAAAAAUCAAAUGGACCACCGGACUCUUGAUGGUCCAUUUGAUUUUGUAAUUGUGCUCACUCUUGGCGGAGUGCUUUUGCUUGUAGGUGCAUUCGUCGGAUUCCUCAUCAUUUACAAUCGAAGAAAGAGAAAGUCACAUGUAGAAGAUCCCUCCAACAAUGAAUAUCUCUUCUCUAUAUCAAUCUACGACGGAAGAGCAAUAUACAAUGACCUCCUAAAAGCCACGAACAAUUUCGAUGCCAAGUAUUGCAUUGGAAAAGGAGUAUACAAUGACAUCCUAAAAGCCACGAACAAUUUCGAUGCCACGUAUUGCAUUGGAAAAGGAGGAUAUGGAGCUGUCUACAAAGCAAAACUUUCAUCAGGCAAUACAGUGGCGGUUAAGAAGCUUCAUCCUUUGUCUGAGAAGGAUGAUCGUCGAGGUUUCUUGAACGAGGUAAGGGCACUAACUGAAACCAGGCAUCACAACAUAGUAAAGCUUUUGGGAUUCUGUACGCAUGCCCAGAACUCUUUUCUUGUUUAUGAGUACCUCGAAAGGGGAAGUUUGGCUUCAAUUUUCAGCAAUGAUAAAGAAGCUAAACAAUUGGAUUGGCCGAAGCGGGUGAAUAUUAUCAAGGGGGUGGCGGAAGCUUUGUCAUACAUGCACCAUGUUUGCACACCACCAAUUGUUCACCGUGACAUAUCGAGCAAGAACGUUUUGAUUGAUGAGAAGUUUGAGGCUCGCGUUUCCGACUUUGGCACAGCUAAACUUUUAAAGUUUGAUUCCUCUAAUUGGAGUCAACUUGCAGGCACAUAUGGAUACGUUGCACCAGAGCUUGCCUACACAAUGAAGGUAACUGAGAAGUGUGACGUGUUUAGCUUUGGAGUGUUAGCACUGGAAGUGAUCAAGGGAAAGCAUCCAGGAGAUUUUGUUUCCUUUCUAUCGACAUCAGCUGUUGAAAAUGUAGCACUGAGCGAUGUAUUGGACCAACGCCUUUCACCUCCGUCUUCUGAAGUUGAGGAGGUAGUGAAGUACAUGAUCAAGUUGGCAAUUGCAUGCUUGCAUUCCAAUCCACAAUCUAGACCAACCAUGCACAUUGUUUCUCAACUGUUCUCCACCAGAAAAAUCUCUAAAAGCCGCGAAGACUCAUACAAAGAUGAGAUAAAGCCACUUUCCCAGUGAGUAUAUAUGAAAUACAAAGACCAAAUAAACCUAAUGCUCUGGUUAGCAUAGUGUAUUGAAGCAAAAAACCUUCAGAAUUUCUUUUUCUCUUUAUGUUAUUUUGUAAUUGCUUGUACUUAGAGUAUUGCUAGUUUUGAAAUACCAAUUUUGCAACGUUGCGAAUUCAAACAAAGUUUGUAGGAUUUUAAUAUUUUUACUCUUAGUCUAUCUGCUAUAUUUGUAAAGAGAGAAAGACCUAAACUAAUUUUGGAUGCCGUAAUAUAGAAAGACUUACUAAAUCUAAAUGAACAAGUAGUCCGGAAGAGAGCUCAAUGAAAAAAUAGAAUUUAGGUGAAUAUCCCAAUUAUUUGGGACACGAGGAUCAGUUUGGUUUGACAGUAUGACACUCUUAUCAUUUAAACAACUUCAAUUUCUCUACUAGCAUACAGUCCUGCUAUAAUAACCUGUUUAUCUACAGUCUAUGUAUUUAAAAUCUUGGUUGUGAUAGAAAUUCAUUGAUAACCCAUUUCGGAUUUGAUAAAAACCACAAUAUAUAGUGAAAUAUGCAACUCAGAAUUUGAAAUUUGUAAUACAGAAUUGAAAAUUA